CAGAGAUUUACUUGGGUGAAAAUAAAAGACCUAUGCUAACAUUAGUCAUUUUCAAAUGAUCACAGAGAACGGCUAAGGUGAAAAAUUCUCUACAAAACAUUAAUGAAAACUCAUAAAAUGCCAGUCGUCUUCCCUAAGAAGGAAGAAAUACCUAGUGAAAACCAGCUGCUGUCUCUUUGAUGAAACAUAGUGAGGCAAAGAACAUUUGGAAAUUGUGUAACAUGGCCCAUGGGAAAACAGCCCUAAUGUGUUUUUGGCCCUCUAGGAAAUUAUGUCUUCUGAUUGGUGUUGUUUGCUCGGGGAUUAGUUUUUUCUUUUUCACACCUGAAGAAGUUAAAACAUCAAUCAAAGCAACAAAGCAACUAAUUUUCAAUUCACAGAAGAUUCCUUUUCAAGGAAUGUCCCCACCCUAUGAAGCCACAGGAGAAAAAUACCUUCUCAACAUUACAACCCCCAGGCUACAACUCACCAUACCUUCUCAUUUAAAGGUCAACCUAACAACUCCAAAAAAUGAGGAAAUGCCCAAGGACCCUGUGCCAUACACAUUUCUAAUCCGAGAGGAAGACAAAUGUAAAAAGACUGCUCCAUUCUUGGUGUUUUUAAUAUGUACCAAAGAGAGCGAAAAGUUAAGAAGGGAUAACAUCAGGAAAACUUGGGGAAAUGAAAGUGUGGUGCCUGGAUUUUCUGUGGUUCGCUUAUUUUUGCUAGGUGUCCAGAAACAAGGCUCUACUGAAGCAAUAAGAAAAGAAAGCAUGAUGUAUCGGGACAUCAUUCAACAGGACUUUAUAGACACUUAUCGGAACCUGACCCUCAAGGUCUUGAUGGGCAUGAAAUGGGUUGCUUCUUAUUGUCCUAAUGCACACUUUGUCAUGAAAACAGAUACUGAUAUGUUUAUUAACACUGAAUACCUGAUCCAAAAGCUACUAGUUACGAUAUCAGCCUCACAGCUUUAUUUCACUGGCUUUACUAUGAGAAAAUAUCGCCCUAUAAGGAACACAAGGAACAAAUGGUAUAUGCCUUUUGACAUGUACCCUGGAAAGGUCUACCCAGAUUUUUGCUCUGGAACUGGAUAUGUGUUCUCUGGAAGUUUGGCUACCAUGAUAUACCAGGUUUCUUUUAGUGUAAAAGUAUUACCCUUAGAAGAUGUGUAUGUGGGUCUCUGCCUUCAGAAAAUAGGAGUCAGGGUGUCAUCACCACCGAGACAUUCUUUAUUUAAUCCACAUAAAGUUCGAUUUAAGCCCUGCGUCUAUAACAAACUUAUCACAUCCCAUUUUAUUUCUCCCAAUGAACUGCUUAUAUUUUGGGAUCAAAUGCAAAAGGAAAAACAUGCUUGUUUUAAAAAUUAAAGUGGCCAUCUCUCCCCACCCCUUAUUUCACCUCCCAGUUAAACAGAAUAGUCAGUCAUCAGUGAAGGAGUCUUAUUAAGCCACUGUGGAAUUUCAUAUUCUUUUUCAUUACCCUUGGUAUACAAUUCCCAUGCAUAAAUGAAGCAAUACUGUGGAGAUUUACUAUAUCUGUGAAAGAGCCAAUGGUGAGGAAUUUAAUGGUGGAAACCUGGCUAGCUCAUAUAGAGGAUGAGAUAUUUACAAAUAUCUUAGCACAAUGCCCAGCACCUAACAAUGGCUAUUUCAAUGCUUAUUUCUCUUCUUCCUCCAUUUGACUUAGUGCUUCAAAUCCAACAGAAAGCCCAUCUCUAUUAUCAGCCCUGUAUACUGGGUUUGGAUGCAUUUUAGGUGUUUUUACCCCUUAGUUUAUAUUCUUAUCUUCAUGGAUGUCAAAAGAUGCGCUAUUAAGUUGCUAUACACACAUGCCAAUGAUAUGCAAAUGACCAAAUCUGAAUUUACUGUGGGAAAAGCAUUCUACUUUUUGUUUCUAGAGAUAUGUUAGUCUCCAUGUUUAUCUUAAAGCAUGUUUUCAAAUAAGAACACACUUUAUUUUAAGUUAAAUUGGGACCCUCAGAAACCAUUUGGGAAAAAAUAAUUUGUUGAGAAGGCUAUUUUGGAAUAAUGCAUUAAAGAAAACAACUGCCAAUUUGACUCCCCCAAAAAAGAGUUCUGACAAAUUUUCCCCUAUCCAGAUUGCUGGAGGUGGCUGAAGCUCAUGAUCAAGUCAUGUUCUCAGCAAGAGGAGCCGAAGUCUUUUAGCCCAACCUCCUCAUUAAAUGCCACCAAUUACGGUUGAUUUUCACUUCUCAAGGGAAUUACAUUUCAGAAGGGAUAUUUAAAACUUUCAGGGUCUCCAAUGAUUGUCUUGGGUUACUGAGAGAAACCACAGAUUGUCAAUUUAUUGAUUGCUAACCAGCUUAAUCAAUAAACUGAUUAUUAAUUAACCAGAAACUCUGUCUCUUGGAAUUUUUCAUUUAUCUCAGUAUCCUGUACUAAAUUUCAAAAAAUCUUAGUGAAAGUUAUCAUUCUCUAUAUGUAAUAAAAUGGCAUUGUA